GAGCCUGUCAUUCGCUGUUUCCAGGGCAGUUCCGUGUAAACAUCCCAUGGGCUGGAUCCGGUCCCUGGGCCUUGAGUUUGACACCCUGCUUUAGAUGUUGUCCAGCAGCCGGUUUGUUACCAGCUAGGUAACAUCAUCCCUGCAUUGACUAGUUAUGAACCAUCUGCAGGAAAGUUCUGAGAACAUCAAGAACUCAAACACCAGCGCUUUGCCAAGGAAAGAUCUGGAAGGAAGGGGUGAUGCCCUCCUUCGGCUCAUUGGUACCCGGUCUUGUGAGUCUCUUUUCUUUGACGUUCUGAUGUUCUUGUUUCAGUACAGCUGAAGGACACGGCUUGGCAUGUUACGAUGGAAGGACAGCACAACCACCCACACCUGGGAGACCAGAAUUUGCUCUGCAAAGUGGCGAGCCCAGAAUAUCAGCAUGACACACAAAGACACUUCUAUCGCUGCACUUUAGCAGAUUUUCAGAUUGAGAAGAAAAUUGGGCGAGGACAAUUCAGCGAGGUCUACAGAGCGACUUGCCUCCUGGACAGGAAACCGGUGGCGUUAAAAAAAGUGCAGGUAAGACUCCAGCAAUUGAAUCAUCCCAACAUAAUCAAGUAUUUGGAUUCAUUUAUCGAAGACAACGAACUGAACAUUGUCCUGGAGCUUGCAGAUGCUGGGGAUCUCUCUCAGAUGAUUAAGUAUUUUAAGAAGCAGAAACGGCUCAUCCCUGAACGGACCGUUUGGAAAUAUUUCGUGCAGUUGUGCAGCGCGGUGGAACAUAUGCAUUCCCGCAGGGUGAUGCACAGAGACAUCAAACCAGCUAACGUGUUCAUCACAGCUACUGGAGUUGUGAAGUUGGGGGACCUCGGCCUGGGACGCUUCUUCAGCUCUAAAACCACUGCAGCACAUUCCUUAG